CUCAGUGUGUUCUGGGGACAGUAGUUGCUUGUGCAUUGUCACGUGACCAAGUGGAAGGCCAGGGGUGUGCUGCGGACUCCCUGGUGUCUAGUUGUUGCACUGAUGACAUGUUCACUGGACCCAUGUAUGCUGGGCCUGCAGCAGGGGCUGCAGCUGUUCCCCUAGUCUGAUUCAGGCUUCAGAAAGGGGAAAUCAGCAAAUUGAUGUGUUUGCUACCCAAGCCUUCAUGUAAAAAGGAUUGGGCUGGUUUUAAAAUACGAAAAUUCCUAGUGUUUAAAAUGUAAUUUGACUCCUAAAAGCUGCGCUUGCUCUUGGUUUGCAAACGGACGAGCACAGAAUCCAGCCCACCUUCGCAGAUAAGCUGCUGCAAUGCAGGUCAUGGUCGAUGGUCUGGAUUAGCACCCCAAGCCCCCCCAGUGGCGGUGGACACCUCUUGGGUCUUAGGGCCACCAGGGAACACCGAGAGUCAGGGAGGUGGCUACAGAACUGGGGGGCUUUGCACCCUGCUGCUGUCUGCCCAAGUGAGGGGGAGGCUGCAGGCAACACCCCUGAAGGAAGCAGAGGGGGCCCCAAAAGGCUGGGCAGAGCACAUGGCUGAGCCCCUGGGGAACGCUGGCAUUCCGCCAAGCCCCUCACGCCCCAACGCACCUUUGUAUCAACUGGGUCCUUGAGCAGGACGUUGUCCACUCCCAAGGCCUGAUGUCUACAUGCUGAGUGCCUCUGGGUGUCACAGGGCUGCUAGGCUGGCAGCCAGGGACCACGCGCAACCGUGGCGGUGCCACACCUCGGCCCUCGGGUAGCUGUGGGAGACAGGCACCUCCUCCUGAAGCCCCCCAGCCUGCCGUCCAGGUCACAGCCCAGGACUGCUCCGGCUGACCUGGCCUGCGGUAUACAGCAGGAGCACACUGAGGACACUGCUCCCUGUGGUCCUCAUAGGACUUGUGCCUGGUGCCUCUGACUGGACCAACCAGGACCCUGGCUUCACGUGGCCUGAUACUGUGUGCUCCGGCUGGCAGACUGCACCCCCUCCCUGCACCCUGAGCCUACAUGACCACUCCCUACUCCCUUGCACCCAGCCUGGCCCCUCCCCCCUCCCAUAUCCUGCAGCCAGUAUCCAGGGGCUUGUGUGGGGCUAGUUCCUCUUCCGGACCCUGCCGACACUUAGGGAUGCCUAACCACAGGAAAGUGCCAGACAAAGAUUCGUUUAAGUAGACACCAAAAAUCCCACACAGUGAAGGGCCAUGCUCUGUAACGCUUGCAGGAGAGGACAAGGGGCCUCUGAAAAGGGGACAGCAGGGUGACAGUGGGUCUGGCAGUCCUAUCAUGUGCUCAGUGUGGACCCUGUGGCCAGCUGUACAGGAGUUGCCUCUGGAAUAAGGUGGGCCAGGCAGGCUGCCCGGCAGCAGUGGCACGUGCUCUGAGAAGGGCAGUCACCAAGGCCUCGCCCCUCCACAGGCAGCUGACCGAGCACUCGACGCUGGCUUUUCCGAGAGGUGUGGAGAGGUGUUUGACCCAGCCGGCAGGCUGGGGAUUAGCGAGGCAGCUGCAGAGGCUCUGGGCUGGUAGUCAAAGCUUAGAAGCAGGACUUGUCUCUCACCCCUUUUUAGGUGGCAGGAAGCAUGCCCUGGAGUCUAAGAAAACUGCCAGACCUGAGUGUGACUCUCGGGGUCCCUCUGACCUUGGAGCUGCCAGGCAGGGCUGGCCUCCCCUCCACAGCCUACUCCUGUACCCUACUUUCCAACGGGACCUGGCAAUCUCCUUCCAAAAGGUCACGCCCUUGAAAACCCUAUGGAGCUCAUUUCUGUUCUGCACUUAAAGGAUUGUCAUGAGUCAGAAUUCGCUUGAUGGCAACUAACUACAAGCCACAUAAUAAGUUCAUAGAGACCAAGGAGGGCCAGGGACAAAACUACAUAAAUACAGGCUUUGUUCUGUCGUCAAGUUGCACGAUGCUUACACCAACUGUAGAGGUGAGCAACUGAUGGCCAGCUCUGAAAAAGAGGCUCGCAAGUGAGGUGAUCUAGGGUUUCUCACCUAGAAGACGUGUUCCCAUGGCGACCCCCGCUACAGUGAAAAGCACAAUACCUUUCUGGGGAUCUGUUGUGCCUGGUAAGACUUUGGUGACCAGUUCCUUCUCUGAUUCACAAAGAAACCCCAAAGCCAAAAAGCUGAGCCCCCUGUUAAGAGAAUGCAUUGGAGGAUCCUUUUUGGAGUCACCCAACAGGCCUCUCCUGGGGGCUUACUCGAACCCUGGCUGUAGAAUGGUGCCCGGCCCCGCCAGCAACAAGGCACUUGGGGGCCACUGCUUUAGACAGCGUUCUUUCACCUGAUCCCCUGGGGUUGGGGGGGCAGGCAGAACUUUCCACAACCUAAGACAAUCUCCUCAACAGAGAAAAUUCUGUCUCCCGUGUGCAGUGAAAACUUUCAGUCUUUGGGGAAACAAGCCAGAAGGGACUGUACACGACUCUCAAGGGACCGGCAUUCAUGCUGACCACUGCCUGCUUCUGGGACCCUGGAAAUUAGGGGACAUUGAGUACCCCCUUGGGUGGGGGCCUCUGCAAAGCUGGGCCCCAGAGAGCUGUCAUACUGUGUUCAGCCAUGCCAGAGGGAACGAGACAGACCACUGCUCAGAUCAGGGAGCCCUUCCUGGGUAGCAUCCUGUUUCUCCCCAAAUAUUUGGCAAGAGGCUCUGCACCUCGAGGCACUCUAAUGCACUUGUUGAUUUGGUUUCGUUGGAUUGAGAGAAGCCUAGUGACGCAAGCCUCCUGACCAGGUGGCAACAAGCACUGCCCUCUCUCAGGCAGUGCCCCUUGCCCCUAGAGGCCAGUCUGCCCUUGUUCUAGCUACCAGCUUCAAGUUCCUUAACCCCAGUUACGCCUGGGUUCCAUGGCCCAAACUCUGCUCCUGUACGCCUGCCCCACCUACAGCCCCUUCACACACACUCACACCCAGCAGUGUGGGGUCUGGCUGUCAGCCCUGCUUCUUGGUGCUGUCACAAAAGCAAAAGCCUUUGGGACCCGGAGCCUGCUGGACUGUGUUUUCCUGAAGUUCUCCUGGUCGCCUCCUACAGGUGCAUCCGCACAGGGCCAGGGGAGACAGGACACCCUGUCCUGGGGGCUGACUGGGUGCCGUCUUAAACGUGAGGUCAACAGGAAGUGCCAGGAACUGAGAACUAGGAGGGGCGGAGCAGAGCGGCAGUGGGGAUCUGCAAGGUGAGGGUGCCUACAAAGGGCUUCCGUGGGAACAGGGACUGGCUGGGCAGUUGCCCUUGGUCACAGCUGGAGAACUUAGAGCUAAACCUGGAAUCCAGGGUAGGGCUGGGGAUUCUGAGCAGGAGGGUACUGCCCUCCAGGCCCAGGUUCUGGGAAAACAGCAGGUGGUGAUGCAGGCCCCACCGGAAGGUGGAAACUGACAGGUGAUAGAAUUCUCACCUUCUGUGUGAGAGACCUCAGUUCAAUUCCCGGCCAAUGCACCCUGAGUGCAGCCACCACCCCUCUGUCACUGGAGGCUUGCAAGUUGCUACGAUGCUGAACAGGUUUCAGCGGAGCUUCCAGACUAAGACUAGGAAAAAAGACCUGGUGAUCUACCUCUGAAAAUCAUUUAGUGAAAAUCCUACGGAUCACAAUGGUCUGAUCUGAAAUUAUCAUGGGGAUGGCACAGGACUGAGCAGCGUUUCAUUUCGUCGUGCAUGGGACCAACAUGACAGCAGCCAACAACAGGGACACGAGUUGGGCUUGUGUCUCUCUCACUUGUGCUCAGCACCCCGGUUCAUCAGUGGUGUGGGAACCCCCCGGGGAUUCCCAGAUUAGGGUGGGGAGGAGGAUGAUCCUUACCGCCUAUCACACCCUCUCCGAGUCUCUUGGGCUGUCGGUGACCUUUAACAGGCUUUGCCCAGGCCCCUGGCCUUCUUUCUGGGCCCUGUCCUUCUAGAGCCUUCCCUUGCCCUCUGCAAGGCACCUUCUGGGUCCAGCUGUGGGGCAAGAGUGGUAGCCAGGAAGGAUCUGACCUCUCUGGCUGGGCACAGAGACAGGUGGACUGAAAGAUGAGCUAUCAAAUAUGAUCCUGGGCAGGGAGGGAACGGCUCAGUUUCAGGCCCUUGCGGCAACGGGCAUGACGGCACAGCUUUAUAUAGCUCUGCAGAACUACAUAAGGCAGAGCACCCUGCCACAGAGCAGCACCAGGGUCCCUGUGCCGGGGAGGUCUUCGUCAGACAGGGCAGCCUGCACGCACCUCUGCUCUAGGCAGGCACCCUCCUCACCCUUGGCUCAGGAGGGUCUCCCAAGGGGCAGCCACCACAGCCCUACAACAUGCCCAGCAGAACCGUCCGCUAUGCCCGCUACAGCCCACAGCACCAGCGCCGGCGGAUGCUGGCCGAUCGCAGUGUCCACUUCCCAAAUGAUGUCCUGUUCUUGGACCACAUUCGCCAGGGUGACCUGGUGCAGGUGGGGCGCUUCAUCCGGGCCCGAAAGGUUGCCCUGGACACCAUCCACCCCUCAGGCCUGGCUGCCCUGCACGAAGCUGUUCUCUCUGGGAACCUGGAGUGCGUGAAGCUGCUGGUCAAGUAUGGGGCUGACAUCCACCAGCGCGACGAGGCCGGCUGGACGGCCCUGCACAUUGCCUGCAGCGAUGGGUACCCGGACAUCGCCAGGUACCUCAUCUCCCUGGGGGCAGACAGAGACGCGGCCAACAACGACGGCGACCUGCCCUCCGACCUCAUCGACCCGGAAUUCAAGGAUCUGGUGGAGCUCUUUAAAGGCACCAGGAUGGACUGAGCCGGUCCUGGCACCAGGGCGCCCUCCCUGCAGAAGCCCCGGCCCGGCGCACCCCCUCCGCCCCCUGCACCUCUCUGGCCUGGCUUUUUCUCUAGAUGACUUUUUUAUGGUGACACUUUUUACUUUUUCAAUAAACAUGGUUCCUAAGCCCGUGGUGGUGGCUUCGAUUACUGGUGACCGGCCCGCCCCUGGCUCUGGCCGUUGCAGGUGUUCAGUGCCGGCCGCGCUGGGCUGGAGGU